AUGAGUCGGACACCGUACCCCAAAACGAGCGCGCCUGCUCCGAAGCCCCUAAAACAGCUUACGGUUUCGGAGCCAAAGGUCAAAAUACCAGGACCUCAGUCACCUGCACCCCUUAUUGAGGGGACCCAUCUCAUGCGGCCCAUCGACCGGGCGCCGCCAGGCGACGUUGCCCGCAGCGCUAGCAAAGCACAGUCCAAAACAGACCUCACAAGACAGAAGAGCAAGCGGAACUUCUUUGAAGACGCCUUCUUGGACAACCCACCCAGCCUAGCCAGGGAGCGAGUCCACGGCGACGCCAUCGUCACGGCCGAGGUCAAGACCAACGUGAUCGUCCGCGACGAAUUCACCUUCAUCAGCGAGCUGGCCUACCACCUCUCGACGCGGUACCAGCGGCCGGUGUCAUCCAUCGUGGUCACCCUGCGGCACGGCGCCUGCAUGUUCUGGGGCGGCUCCUUCGACCCGGCCUACGUCAUGUCGGUCUCCGCGCUGCCCUCCCAGCUGCAGCCCACCACCAACCGCCGCAACGCCGCGCUGAUCCAGCGGCACAUGGAGGAUACCCUGGGGGUGCGGCCCGGCCGCGGCCUGCUGCGCUUCGUGCCCGUGCCGGAGGAGUGUUUGGUGUGUGAUGGACGGACGGUGGCGGGGGAGGUGGAGGAGUUGGAGAGGGGUGGUGAUGUGGUGGGUGGUUCUCCCGCGGCGGUGGUGGAAGCGAAUGGGGUACCGAACAAGGUGGAGAAGAUUGCCAGUGGUAGGAAGGAGAAGAAGAUGUUGAGCGUUAACGUUAAGGUGAAGUCCAUUGCCGCCCUUCGACCUCUAUCAACCGCCGCCAGGUUACCCACACCGGAAUUGACGCCUCCCGGAAGCGGUGACGAAGAUCUACCGCCUAUGCCGGGCGCAUACCCCCAGAUGGCGGAAAGCGAAGCAAGCGGUGCUCACUCACCUCAGAGAAAAGCGCAGAGGAAGAAGAGCUUCGUGGCUACCAUUUUCAGCCGGUCCAGCAGCAAGUCUUCAUAUGACCCGUCUCUACCGGCGAUUGCGGACGAGGCGUAA